AUGGGUGGACCCUCGCACGUGGUGCCGGAGAAUGAUCCUCCGCCGGUUCCUUAUGCACCAUCGCCACCAGUGGGUUUCGACAACCCGAUCCCGACAUACCCAGGUUCUUCUGGGUACAACCCUUUUGAAAACCCAUCUGGAUACCCAUCGGAUUAUGGAACCGAUGAUCCAUACCUUACACCUGCACAAUACAAUGCACUUUAUCCUUCUUCUUGCCCUCCAGUUUACCCAACUGGAUAUCCGGUGCAGGGGUACCAAUACCCACCUUACCAGCAACCUCCUCCUCCUCCCCAACAGGAGCAAACUCAGGAGAUUUUACAGAGGUUGGAUAGGGUUGAGCAUGAAGCAAAUGAAACAAAAAAGAAGCAUAAUAGCUUUCUCAAGGGCCUUGCGAGCCUUAUUAAAGGCAAGAAGAAGUAG